GGCUCCAUCCUGUAUCUCUCCGUGUCAAAGUCACUGCAGUCCUGCACUGAACUCCAUCAGCAGCCAGCAAACAUGAGUUUCAAAUCCAGCAGCUACUUUUCGCAGUCCUCCAGCCGAGUGCCCUCAGCAUAUGUCAGCAUAAACCGUUCUGCGGCUACCCCUGUCAUGCGGGCCGCCAGUAUCCAUGGUGGUGCGGGAGGCCACGGGGCUCGCAUUUCUUCUGCCUCUUACUCAGGGGUCCAAAGCCGUGUGACCCCUGUUUCCGCGUCCUCCUCCUUCCAGGUGAGCAUUAGCGGCGAUGCAGGUGGCAUCAUGGGCAACGAGAAGGUGGCCAUGCAGAACUUGAACGACCGGCUGGCCUCCUACCUGGAGACUGUGCGCAACCUGGAGCAGGCCAACAACAAGUUGGAGAUCAAGAUCCGGGAGGCCCUGGAGAAGCGUGGUCCUGAUGUCCAUGACUACAGCCGCUACAAUGCCAUCUUGGAUGAUCUGCGCAAGAAGGUAUUUGACGCGACUGUGGACAAUGCCCGCCUCGUACUCCAGAUUGACAAUGCCCGUUUGGCUGCCGAUGACUUCAGAGUGAAGUAUGAGUCUGAGUUGUCCAUCCGCCAGUCAGUGGAGGCUGACAUUGCAGGCUUGAGAAAGGUGAUUGAUGACACCAACAUCGGUCGCAUGAACCUGGAGAGCGAGAUCGAGACUCUCAAGGAGGAGCUGAUCUUCCUCAAGAAGAAUCAUGAAAGUGAUGUUCAGGAUCUGCGAAACCAGAUAGCUCAGUCAGGUGUGCAGGUAGAUGUAGAUGCUCCAAAGGGACAGGAUCUCACACAGAUCAUGGCGGAGAUGAGGGCAAAGUAUGAGAAGAUGGCACAAAAGAAUCAGGAAGAGCUGAAAGCUUGGCAUGAAAGUCAGAUCUCAGAGGUGCAGGUACAGGUGACACAAAACACAGAGGCUCUCCAGGGGGCACGUACAGAAGUGAAUGACUUGCGCAGACAGCUACAGACACUGGAGAUUGAUCUGGAGUCACAGAAAAAUUUGAAAGCUUCCCUGGAGGGCACCUUGAGAGAAACAGAGCUACGCUACAACAUGGAGAUUGAGAAGUACAACACCAUCAUCUUGCAGCUGGAGGCCGAGCUCAUGCAGCUGCGCAACAAUAUUCAGCAGCAGACACAGGAGUAUGAGGCACUGCUCAACUUAAAGAUGAAGCUGGAGGCUGAGAUUGCCACCUACAAGAGGCUGCUGGAUGGUGGAGACUUCAAACUCCAAGAUGCCCUGGAUGACCAAAAGACCAUCAAGACCAAAGUGAUGACAGUCACACAGACCCUGGUGGAUGGGAAGGUGGUAUCCUCAACCACAGAGACCAAGGAAAGGUCAACAUAAAUGGCACAUCAUCUCAAACCUCAUACUUUCUGGACCCCAACAAGCAGUACAUUAAAUUAUGGCGCAGUACAUUGUAAUAAUAAUUGGCCUAUCAAACAAACGGUAGCAAAAUAAACUAUUGUAAUAUGUUCUCCAUGUUUGGCUAUAGAUUAUGAUAACCAAAUGAGGGAGACCUAAGUAAAGUCAUUGACAG